AUGGCUCAGAGCGACAAACAAGCAGUUGCUGUUGCUGUAGGUAUAAUAGGAGGGAUACUCUUAUUUGUUCUCAUUGGAAUAACUGCAUACCUGCUCUGGAAGAAAUUCUGUUGCCUCCUUUCUUAUGAAAAGCUCACCAGUUCUGUCAAAACGACAAGCACAAAUGCAGUUUUUCAGGAUCAGUCAACUUCUGAAAUUCAACUAAAAAGCACAAGAUCCAGAAGCAUUCCAUUUAUCAUUCCUCCAACACUGCACGGACGAGACUGGAUUAACCUGACGAAGGAAGGGCACGUUCAGGAAAGCAGUGACCCCUGUGGGAUUCCUCAGCCUGGGCCACGCUCAUCAUUUCAUUCUUUGGCUGGAGCUUAUGUUGUGGGGACCAUUAACCAAGAGCUGUACAAGUUUCCUGAAGACAUUAGUGAGACGGAUUUUCCUGAAGGCAACAUUGGCCGCCUCUGGUUCUCCGUAGAAUAUGAGCAAGAGUCGGAAAGGCUCCUUGUCUCCUUGAUCAAAGCCAGAAAGCUGCAGCCUCCUGAUGAUUCCUGUAGUCCGUUUGUGAAAAUCUACUUGCUGCCUGAUGAAAGAAGCUACUUGCAGUCCAAAACAAAACGCAAAACCCUUAACCCGCAGUUUGAUGAAAACUUUGUUUUUCAGGUUUCCAGUAAAAUGUUACUACAAAGGACUCUGAAGUUUUUGGUUUAUCAUGUUGAUAAACAGAAGAAGCAUCAUCUCCUAGGCCAAGUUAUCUUCCCACUAAAAAAUGAAACAUUAACCGAUGACAACAAGCUAGUCAUAUGGAGAGAUCUGGAGAAAGAAAACUUGGAGCCUCCGUCAGAGUAUGGAGAUAUCCAGUUCUCCCUCAGCUACAACGACUACCUGGGCCGUCUCACCGUGGUGGUUCUGAGGGCAAGGGGGUUAAAGCUCCAGGAGGAGAGCCACGCUGUCAGUGUGUACGUCAAAGUCUCACUAAUGAACCAUAAUAAAUUCAUCAAAAGUAAGAAGACAGCAGCUGUUCUGGGAUCUCCCAAUCCAGUGUAUAAUGAAACCUUCAGUUUCAAGGCAGAUCAGACAGAGCUGGAUACAGCAAGCCUGAGUCUAUCCGUGCUCCAGAGUACCAAGGGAGACAAAACACAUCUGCUAGGACGUGUAGUAGUUGGGCCUUUCAUGUACACUCGUGGCAAAGAGCUAGAGCACUGGAAUGAAAUGAUCAGCAAGCCCAAGGAGUUGGUUAAACGAUGGCACACUCUCUGCCACAGCACGUAAACAGCACGGAUAAAAAAACCUUAACGUGGAAAAGCUCUUGCUAUCUUUCAUAAUCUAAUGAUAAAGGGUACAAAACCUUUGACCCUUUAUACUCCUAUGUAGACAAGAAUAAAAUAAGUAACUUCGUUCCUUGCUCCAACACAAAGAGAAAACUUAGUCCCUGGUAGGCUGGAACUCUUUAUCUUUCCUCUCUUCAAAAUAUAUUUCCAAUUAAUUAACAUGCAGAGUAAACAAAACAGGAAGACAAACACGAUCUCUCAGUAUUCGUUAUUUUGACUAGUAAAUUCCAAUUUGUGGUUGUGAGUUCUGGGCACAAGUGAUCAUCCAUUGUGGCUAGAACCCAAAAUGACCCCAAAAUUGUCACUGAUACCAGGCUGAACUCCCCACGGCAUUGCAUCACCCCAGACAGAACCUUCAUCCGAAGGGCCGGAAGCCCAGUAAGCAUCCGAAACAGACCGAAGAUGUUGACUGACUACUAAAUUUACAAUUUAUUUAAAAUAGCAGCAUUGUAUUUAAAACCUCUUCCGCACACGGUUGGUGAAAAGCACUGAUGGUUUAGUGAU